CUCGGUUGAUGGGCGCGGAAUGUGCUGAACGCCUCAGGGGAUGCCCAAAGAAAGCAAGGGGACCAAGGCCAGGGCUGCUGGGGCAUGAACCAUGGAAAAGAAUGACAUAAUCAACUUCAAGGCUUUGGAGAAAGAACUGCAAGCUGCCCUCGCUGCUGAUGAGAAGUACAAACGGGAGAAUGCUGCCAAGUUGCGAGCGGUAGAGCAGAGGGUGCCUUCCUAUGAAGAAUUCAGAGGUAUUGUUCUUGCAUCACAUCUGAAGCCACUGGAGCGGAAGGACAAGAUGGGAGGAAAGAGAACCGCGCUUUGGAACUGCCACAGUACUCCAGGAAGGACCUUCCAGGAUGUGGCCACUGAAAUCUUUCAGGAGACAACUCUGUUCCAGCCCAAGACUUCAGCAGAGUUCUACCGAGAUUGGAGGCGACAACUGAGGAGCGGACUACAGCGUUAUCAGGCCCUGCUACAGCUUGGGGGUCCUAAGUUGGGUCACCUCUUCCAGACAGAUGUGGGAUUUGGACUUCUAGGGGAGCUGCUGGUGGCACUGGCUGAUCAUGUGAGGCCAAGUGAUCAGGUUGCUGUGCUGGGGAUCCUGCAUAGCCUGGCCAACACUGGGCGCUUCACAUUGAACAUGAGUCUGCUGAGCCAGGCAGAGAGGGAGAGCUGCCAAUGCCUAUUUCAGAAGUUACAGGCUGCGAGCACCCCCAAACCCAUGCAGGAAGGGCUCAGCCAGGAGAAGUUGGGUGUAGAGGAGCUGACUGGUGGGCUUCAGGAGGAAGAGAGGCUCCUAGAGGAGCUGCUCAAGCUGUACCAGGUCCAUUGAUAGGACUAGUUGCCCUCAGAGAUACCAGUGGUCCCUGGGAGUAUUUUGUGCUGUUUGGUCUUAGGUUUUCUGCAAGAUUGCAAUGAGAGAUCUAUACUUACACCCUUUA